AUGAGCUCUUUAAAUGAUGUUGAGUACCCCAGAAGGAUAUUGGACUACAUGGAGGGUUUCCUGGUGUCCAAGACCCUGUUUGCCUCCUGCGAGCUGGGCGUGUUCGACCUCCUGCUGGCUUCAGAGCGCCCCCUUUCUGCGGCGGAGGUGGCCCGGGGUUUGGGCACCAGCGAGGACGGGACGGAGCGUCUCCUGUCGGCCUGCGUGGGACUGCAGCUCCUGACGUCUCAUCCCAGCGACACUGAGGUCCUCUAUAGCAACACUGAAAUGGCCGAGACUUACCUCACAAAGUCCAGUCCACGGUCUUUGUAUCAUUCUAUACAAUACAACUCCAAGACCAUCUACCUGUGCUGGCACUACCUUAGUGAUGCAGUGAGGGAAGGGACAAAUCAAUAUGAGAAGGCUUUUGGUGUGAGCUCCAAGGACCUGUUUGAAGCCCUGUAUAGGUCCGAUGAAGAGAUGGUGAAAUUCAUGCAGCUCAUGAACUCUAUUUGGAACAUCUGUGGCAAAGAUGUGGUGACGGCCUUUGACCUUUCACCCUUCAAGACCAUCUAUGACCUUGGAGGUUGCAGCGGUGCGCUGGCCAAGCAGUGUGCGGCUGCUUACCCUGACUCCACCGUCACCGUCUUCGACCUCCCCAAAGUGGUGCACAUGGCCAAGGAGCACUUUGUGUCUGCGGAACAUGAGAGGAUCCUGUUCCAUGAAGGAGAUUUCUUUAAAGAGCCGCUCCCUGAAGCUGAGCUCUACAUUCUGGCCCGAAUCCUACAUGACUGGACGGACCAACGGAGCCUGGAGCUGCUCACCAAGGUCCAGCAGUCCUGCAAACCCGGUGGGGGCGUGCUGCUGGUGGAGGCGCUGCUUCACGAGGACAACAGCGGCCCGCUGACGGCCCAGCUGUACUCCCUGAACAUGCUGGUGCAGACGGAGGGGAGGGAGAGGAAGGCCUCGGAGUACACCGCCCUGCUGACCGCCGCCGGCUUCUCGCACGUCCAGGUGCAGAGGACCGGAAAGAUCUAUGACGCCGUGUUGGCCAGGAAGUAAGAGGCCGCACAAACCGGCUUUUGUGCUGUUUGAUGUAAACCGCAGUGCUCUUGACUCAGACACAAUGAGGAAUGUUGUUUUCAGUGUAAAAGAGUCUCGCAAGCUGUAUUCGUGACGGUCUUCAAGCAUGCUCGUGGUCAUAUUCAGGACUCGCAGUCCAACACUUGGUUGCAUUUAAACACAAAUUGCUUUGAACGUUAAUCUAAGGCUGGUACUCCCAAACAUGGUCUGGGAUGUUUGUCGAGUGAUAUAAUUUACAUCAUGUAGAGUGAUUGUGCUGAAUUAAAAGUAUGAUUAUAUAUUUUAUAUGAGUCUCUAAGAGUGUAGUCUUCUAUGGCAUGAGCUUAGUGUGUAUAUUUCAGGUUUUUUUUUAUAGUAGCCA